AUGAGCGUUAAUUAUCAGAGUGCAAAUAAUCAACUUUCCUUACUUUAUCAGCAAGCUGUACAUAUUGCGGAAAAUGCUGUCAAAGAUGAUCAAAAUGGCAAUGUUGAAGCUGCUAUAAAAUCUUAUUCAGAUGUUACAAAGAUUUUUGAAUCGAUUUUACAAUUUGAAACAAAUCAAAUUAAGAAAAACAAAAUCAUUGAAAAAUAUCAAGAGUAUAACAGACGUAUUACUGAACUAAAAAGUAUUGUUCUGCCCGAAUUGUCAAUUUUCGGUCAAUUAUUGAAGCAGGCUCAGUCUAAAUCGGAUCAAGCUUUAUUACAAGAUAAACAAAGAAAUAAUCAAAUGGCUUUAGAAUUGUAUACGGAAUCAUUGGAAUUAUUUAUGAAAGCUAUGAAAGAAACUAAGGAUGAUUCUAUUAGAGCGAAAUUGACUGAACGGAUGAAUCAAAUUUUUGAAAGAGCUGAAGAUUUGAAAGGAUUACCGACUAAUUCUCUGUCUUUAUUAUCUCUAAAAUCAGCUAAUCCAAACGCAGAAAAUUCUUCGUUGUCUUCGUCAAAUUUUGGGUUAUCUAGUAUGGAAAUUGAAGUUCUUGAAAAAAAUUCACAAAUAAAUAACAAAAUCUUUCCUCCAUGGCCUGAAGAAAUAAACGAACAAUUCGAAUACGACAAACCAUUUAUAGAUGAUGAUGGACUUUUGAACUUGUCGAUAAUUCAGAGAGCAAAUUUUGGUUCAUGGAAACGUCCAUCUCAAAUAAUGGAAGAACCCAAAAUGAUUACAAUGAUUUCAAGUGCAGCAAUCAAACAAGAUAUUGUAACAGAUUGCUCAUUCGUAGCGUCAUUAUGUGUCAGUGCAGCAUAUCAAAAACGAUUUGGUAAUAAGCAGCGGAAAAUAUAUGAUAAGGUUAAUUUGCAAUGGAAUUCCAAGAAAAUUGUUGAUGACUUACUUCCACUUUCUCGCGAUGGAACUCUUAUGUGCACAUUUUCGACAAAUAAGGACGAAUUAUGGCCAAGUAUAAUAGAGAAAGCCUAUUUGAAAUUAAUGGGAGGUUAUGAUUUCCCGGGAUCGAAUUCCGGGAUUGACCUCUAUGCGCUUACUGGAUGGAUUCCGGAACAUAUUUUUAUAGACGACAAAGAUUUUGAAAAAGAAACUACGUGGAAGCGGCUCUUGGACGGUCAAAGAUAUGGAGAUGCGCUUGUUACCAUUGCUACUGGCUAUUUGAGUGAUGCAGAAGCUGAUUCCCUUGGAUUAGUUCCUAUUCAUGCUUAUGCUGUUUUAGAUAUACGUGAGGCGAAUGGCUUCUGUUUAUUGCAAGUUAAAAAUCCAUGGAGUCAUAAAAGAUGGAUGGGUCCAUUUAGUCAUUUGGAUAACGUCAAUUGGACGCCUGAAUUAAUAAAAACGCUAGAUUAUGAUAGAGAGAAUGCAUUGAACGCUGAUGAUGGAAUAUUUUGGAUUGAUUAUGAUUCUGUAUGUCAGAAUUUUUUCUCGAUCCACAUGAAUUGGAAUCCAGAACUUUUCCCUUAUACGGCUAUUAAACACUCCACAUGGCCUGCAAAUGUUAAGUUGCAAAAAGACAUUUUGAAUUUAGGAUAUUAUCCACAGUUUUGCUUGGAAGUUACAAACGAUAGCGAGCAUCCAUCUCCGGUUCGUCUUUUGUUGACCAAACAUAUCACUGUGACAGAAGAGAAUAAGGAUUACAUCACGCUACACAUUUAUAAUGAUACAAAUGGAGAAAAGAUUUAUUAUCCUAGAACGCCUUGGAAACAGGGUGCAUAUGUAAACAGUCCACAUAUACUGGUCCGGUUUAAUGCACCAACGGGUGUUUCACGUUAUACCAUUGUUGUUGCUCAAAUCGAAAAAGCUAAAUCCUUGGAUUUUACACUUAAAUGUUACUGUAUGUCCAAAGUCAUUUUAUCAGAAGUUCCGAAGAAUUACCCGAAUAUUUCUGGUCAAUGGACAAGUCAAACAGCCGGUGGAAAUGCAAGUAAUAAAACAUAUUUAAAUAACCCAGAGUUUCGUGUUUCUAUAAUGCCACCAACGUCGUCGGAUAAGGCUCGACUAUUAUUAAUGUUGGAAGGACCUAGGGAGCAUGCGAUAGAUGUCAGAAUGGUAUGGAGCAAUGGAAAAAGGAUAGCUAGUCUUGUUCCCAAGGACAUAUUGAUGAAAUCUACCGGUUAUCGUAACGGAUUUUGCUAUUGUGAAAAGGAUGAUGUAAAACCCGGUGAUUAUACUAUUGUUGUAUCAACAUAUGAACCCGGUCUUAUUGGGGAUUUCAUAUUAACUGUAGCAUCAGAUGUCACAUUUAACGUUACUCCUAUUCCACUCGAAGGAGCCGGAAUGUUCAAGGAAGGUGUUAAUGCUGUUGGUUGCCAUCGACACAAUGAUUAUUACUUAAAUCCAAGUUACCACCUUAAGAUUUCAGAAAUGAUUAUUGUCAAAAUUAGGCUUCAAACACCAGAAAUAAGUCCUACACCGAUGAUACAUAUCAAAAUAUUUGAGAAGCUUUCAAAUAAUUCACUUGGUAAAGAAGUGGCUAAUUCUGGACAUUAUGCUAGUUUUGUUCAGGGUGUAUGCACGGAUGAUAUAGCACUUCCCUCAUCCGAUCAAGGUUAUGUCAUAGUAUUUAGUACCUGGGAAAAAAAUGUAUCUGGCAAGUUUGUUGCUUACAUUUAUAGCGAUAGAAAUGUAAUUGUUGAAGAAAUUGUUCGCGAGUGA